UUAUUAGCUCUGUUCGAAAGGCAUUUCAAGAUCCUGCUUUGCCGAUCGAACGAAUUUGUCAAUUUUUGACGUUUCUGUCUUUUCUUUUGAACCUUCCUGUGUUUAAAAAUACAGCGACACACCUGAAAAAUGGCAAAAUCCAAAGGUGAAAAACGUAACAAGUCCGCCAUCAAUGAAGUGGUGACCCGUGAAUGCACAAUUCACUUGAAUCGUCGCCUCCACAAAGUUGGCUUCAAGAAGCGCUCACCCCGUGCCGUCAAGAUCAUCCGCAAAUUUGCCGAAAAGGAGAUGGGCACGCAAGACGUUCGCAUCGACACACGUCUUAACAAAGCCAUCUGGUCUCGCGGUAUCAGAAAUCCACCUUUCCGCAUUCGCGUUCGUUUGUCACGUCGCCGCAAUGAUGAUGAAGAUUCCGUACACAAAUUGUACACCUUGGUCACCUAUGUUCCAGUCGCGACAUUCAAAGAGCUGCAAACAGAAAAUGUUGAAGCUACCGAUGAAUAAACAGCAAAUUUGACAUUUAAUGGUGAAGAAAGAUACAAUAAAAAUCGGUAAAAAUAACAACAACAACAAAA